AUGGACGAAGGAGUUUUCCUCGGUGGUGCACCUCCGAAUAUAGAUGCGUUAGAGAGCAAAGUUGGCACAACGAAUGGAUUUCAUGGGUGUAUCAGAAAGCUGAUUAUAAACAACGAUGUGCUGCUGGACACGGAGAAUGAAGUGAAUACGGCUGUCAACUUGCAGGAUCUGGGUAAGCUUCUUCUAAAUCAAAAUGUAGGCCUUGCAUCAAAAUGCAAGAAAAAACUGUGUAAAGUUUUUGAAACAUUAUGUCAUUACAUCUUCUAAUA